CCAUGAUGCCCACCUCCAAACCCAGAUCCCAUGCCCCCAUGAUGACCAUGAUGGCCAUGACCACCCAUUCCCAUACCAAGUCCACCACCACCAUGAUGAUGAUUAUGAUGAUGAUGGUGAUGAUGUCCUCCUCCACCAAAUCCUCCAGGCCCCGUGCCAAAGCCUCCUCCCAUUCCAGUGCCAGGACCGAACUCGUGUUUUCGCGGGGGUGGAUAUCCGCCUGCGCCCAUUCCCGUGCCGGGGUUCAUAUGAUGACGGCGAUUACUACCGCCGUGAGAGGAGAAGCAGGAGCCCAUGUUGUUCUUGAGUUAUGUUUUCUUUGGUCUGUUUGGUAUGAGGUGCUAAUGUCGGGCAGUGGUUCAUAAACGUGUUUCAAUGAACGUAGAUUGUAUGUCAAAG